AUGGCUGCCAUGGUGAAGUCGCCCAGUCUGCGCCGCACCCGGUCCAAUCGCUCCAUCGAUACGCGGUCCACAAAGUCCGGUGACAGCAGCAGAAGCAUGAGCAUCAGCAUCAGCGGGUUCAAGCAGCAUUACCUCGAGAAGUUUCUGGCGGAUCAUGGCUUUCGGAAUGUCUACGCCACUCAACGUGCCGAAGGCUCGGACGAGGAGCUUCACCCCCUUCAUGUGGCCGUCCAGCAGUGCGACGCAGCGAUUGUGAAGAUGCUGCUGGAAGCUGGUGCGUCCCUCGGCGGUGAAUUGGAAAUAAGCAACCCUUUUGAAGCACUAGCAGACACCCGCACAAGCCCAGAUGAGACAAACACCCACCACCUUGUUCAAAUGACCCAUGCUCUCAUGCAGAAGAUGGAGCACAACCUGGUUCAAAAGCUCGACCUGAUCCAGGCACAACAGAAGACCAUCUCGGACACAGUUGACUCCCACUCUGCCCAGUUAGCCACCAACUCAUUGGAACUCACGUCAAUUCAGUCCCGCCUGCAAGCCCUUGAGAGUACCCAUAAUGCCUCAUCAGGCGCCGAGCCAUCCCAGAUCACCAAGCUCCAGCUUGAAGUUACCAGCCUCGCCCAGCAGGUCCAAGACAUCACGCGUCAGCGCACACCAUCAGCACCACCACCAAUCAUAAACCCACCCAAUCGCAGUGAAGCGCCCAGGGCGGCCACCUUGUCUCCACACCGCUCACGAGCCGGCACCAUUUCCCCACAGAUGGCCAUGGACUUGGAGGUGGAUUGGAACAGACUAAUCAUUGGUGGAUGGCACCUCGACACCAGACGGGAAAAGGUUGAGGCCGAAGCCCGGGACCUCAUCAAGAAGCUUGGCAUCCACGAGUCAGUCACAGAUGUGAUCGUGUAUGGCCGCAGGGCCUCUGCUUGCCAUCUGAUCCUGACCCCCCAGCCAGCAACAGAAGCAAAACGCCGCAUGAUCGCAUGGCAGACACAACACAAGGACCAACACACAAUACCCAGUUCUGGCAAGGCUGCUUGGAUGACCCCACACAAGACCGCCCAAAAACGGCUGAAGAACCGUGCCACCAAGUAUGCAGCCAACCUCCUUCAACCCAUCCUCGACCCCACCAGCCUUGAACACCUUGACAUAGACUGGAACAAGCAAAUCCUUUGGUAUCGGGACAUGCGAGUCAUCGCCUUCAGCAAAUCUGAUCUCCUCCUUCCAUCUGGCUCUGGCAGACCUGUGCAUGAAGCCCAGUACGUCGACCCCCGCAGUCAAGAUGAACUGCCAUUCUUUGUAGACCUCACCAGGUUGUCCAAACUCACCGGCAAAGAAAUUCCUGCGCUCCAGCGAAAGCUUACCACCGAUGGCUUCUUGGCUGCCGAUGACCCCAAUGUGCAGCUGCACGACGAGUUGCGCGACUACUGGAUUGUAGCCACUGACCAACUCAGCAGCCACCAUGGCCAAGCCAUUCUGGUGGACAAAACUUUUGCCCUCGCACUCGCCUGUCUCGAAGCCGAAGCACAGCUCAUGUUUCGCCUUCCUGAGCAGCCCACCUGGAAACACAGAGUGUACGACUUCGUCGGCUUCACCCCCGCCUUCGAGCGCUGCAUUGCUACCGUCACAAGCAGCACACUGGCCGCUGGCAAGUUGACCUGCAGCGCCUCCAACGCAGCCUUGAGCACCAAUCCGCCACACCUGACUGGCCACAACUCUGAAUUGUGCCGUGCCCGCAACGCCACUGCCAAUGCUCUUCAACGUGCAUCCCUGUCGCGCCACAUCAUUGCGACUCGACGUGCUGAACGGGCUCAAUGGCUCUCUGAGCUGCACACCUCAGCCUCCUCAGGUGAUACCUCGGCAAUCGCUUUCCUCAAGGCGAAGCACCAGCCAACCGCCAAUUGGAGCCACCUCAUAGCACAUUCCGGCAGCCUACAGGGAGCAAUACACAACGUAAAAAACCACUUCCAAGAAGUCUUCAGCAACACCCCCAUUCCCACCCGGACAGCCGACUGCUCCCAUCACAUCGAAGCCCUACAAGCACACAUGGACCAAACCGAGCCAACACCCCUCCAACCUGAAGAACUUAGCCUUGCCCUUGCAAACCUGAAGCUUGGGAAGACAUCCGGGGCAAGUGGCAUGUCAAAUGAGUUCCUCCUGGCAAUGGGAAGCACCGCCACAGGGCACAGCAUGCUUCUCAACUUGUUGAAUGCAAUGCUCAUCGAUGGUGACAUCCCGCCUCCCCUUCUCACAGGCAUUGCGUGCUUGCUGCCAAAGACUCCGGGUGCCACCGCUGCAUCCCAGAUUCGUCCCAUCCUUCUCCUUGAAGUUUUGCAGAAGCUUUUCGCGAGCAUUCUGAUGCGACGUAUCCAUUCCCACUGGCCACCCCUCCAUGUCCAAGUUGGGGCGGUUUCAGGUGGCCAACCCAUUGAGGCUCUGUUCGCCGCCCAUCACAUGAUUGCCUUGGCCAAUGUCACGGACAAGACCCCUCUUUUCCUCAAGCUCGACAUCAAGGGCGCUUUCGACAAUCUUCGGCAUGCAAGUGUAGCUAACUUCUUGGCCACCCUCCCACCCCAAGUAUCGCAUGAAGCCAUGCGCCUGAUGCAGCUCCUCCUGGAUCAGACAAUCCAAUUUUCUUUCCUUGAUGCUCAUUGGGAAACGCACAGCUCCAACGGCGCACCGCAAGGAGGAAGCCAUUCCGCUGGGCUUUUUGCCCGCACACUCGACCACGCCAUCGGAAACUUGCUGCAACAAUGGGAAGCUCAGGGUCAUGUGCCUCUGUUUCCCCCACUCUGGUUGCUCCUCUUUGUGGACGACAUCCUCAUGUGCUUCAGCAGUUGGACGCAAGCACUCCGGCUAUUGCCUUCCUUUGUGGACUGUCUUGCUCAACUUGGCUUGCACAUCAAUCCCGCCAAAAGCUGCCUGGUUGUGAGCCCGGGUCUGAGAGCUUCUUCCCCGCCACGUCACCAGCUAGGCAUCUUGCACCAAUUUCCAUGGGUGGAACACACAACCUACCUACGCAAACCCUUCGGAUACAACCUGGACCCUGACGCUUUGCCCCAUCAAGCCAUCCAGCUGAUUCAUGCGGCAUGGGGCAGACUCCGGCCAGUUCUCAAGCGAUGCCACUGGCGACAUCCUGCAACAACUUGCAAGAUGCUUGACCAGUAUGUUGGGAAUGCCUUUCUCUGGUUGUCCCCUGUCCUGUACCCGCACCAGAUCUUUCGAACCAAAGUGAGCAGAGUACAGACCACGCUGAUGAUUGAAGCCCUAAAUCUCUACGUCCCGGUCCUGACAGAUGACGAGGCUCUUCACAACCUUCUGAAGUUUUGGUAUGCCAUGGAACUCGAGGGGGACUACAUCCAUGGGGCCGAACAUUGGGAGAUGAUGGGGGAGCUGCCACCCAAGAUGAUCAUGCCUCCGGAGCAGCGAGACGUCCGUGGGCGCACUCCCAUGGAUCUGGCGGAGGAACUGAACCAGAACCGUUCGCAUGUGGAAAUUCUACUGCUACUCAGCGACGCCAGCGCCAUGAGGCGUGUCGCCUUUUGA